AAUAUUAGUCAUAAGCAUAACGUAUAGGAAUUUAUUCUAACAAUUUAUUCAUAAAUCAUUUUAUUUUAUUUUUUCGUCCAUCUACACCUAAGUUUUACUAUACAGCUAUAGUUUACUAAAUGUCUUUCUAAUUUUUUACUUUUUUUUUUUGUUGUAAAUAUAAUCAUGAUAUUAUUAGAAACUAACAACCGCGUUGUGGAAGAGUCCAUCAGUGUAAGAAUUAAAAAUGCUUUGGCCGGGUAUGUGACACUUAGAAAUUAUACGCCUUCCGUUAAUCUUCGAUUAUUAGAAAUUACUAUUAUAUUUCAGAAACAAAUCGGAAAACACAAAUAUUUACAUAUCAGAUUAUGCAGGAGUUUUAUUUCAUAUUUCCAAUUUAGAAGGCCAAAAAAAUAUGCUUAGAGUGAGUCAAUAUUCAUUAGAAAUGCAUCAAUAAAUAAAAUAUUUUAUUUUUUAUAGGUAAGCAUAGCUUUGAAAUUCUAUGCUGAAUUACAAGAACAUGGUGCAACGGAAUUAUUGAAUCGUGUAUAUGACUCUUAUGUUACUGAAUCAGAAUCAGGUUUCAACUUUUCUUUGCUCAUUAACUUAGAAAAAAUACCUGAUGAUUGGGAAUUAUUAGUGAAAAAAAUUGGACAGUUAAAACGUAAUUGUUUUGCAUCAGUGUUUGAAAAAUAUUUUGAUUUCCAAGAAAAAGGUGAAGAAGGCCACAAAAGAGCUGUAAUUAAUUAUCGAGAAGAUGAGACCAUGUGGGUAAUAAAUUGGUUUUUAGUUUGUAUUUAUAUUUAUACAAAUUUGUAUUGGUUAGGUAUGUGGAAGCAAAAGCCGAUCGUGUAACUGUUGUAUUCAGUACAGUAUUCAGGGAUAGUGAUGACAUUGUAUUAGGUAAAGUAUUUAUGCAAGAAUUAAGAGAGGGCAGACGAGCUAGUCAAACAUCUCCACAAGUAUUGUUUACGCAUAAAGAACCACCGCUUGAACUACAAGACACUAAUGCACGUGUUGGUGAUGAAGUGGGAUAUAUAACAUUUGGUAAGAGAACUGAGAUACAUUGUUAGUGAUUUUAAGUUACUAAUUUAUUAUACACAAUUUUAGUGCUAUUUCCAAGACAUACUAAUCGUGCUGCACGUGAAAAUACAAUUGAUUUAAUUCACAUGUUCCGUGACUAUCUUCAUUAUCACAUUAAGUGUACUAAAGCGUAUAUACAUUCCUGUAUGCGAGCAAAAACUACUGACUUCAUUAAAGUGCUUAAUAGAGCUCGACCGGAAUCUAAAAAAUCUAACGAGAAGAAAACUAUUAGGUAAGUAUUAUUUUGAAAGUAAUUUAUUAAGUUAUAAAGGUUUAUGGAAGAGAAUUAGCGCUAAAAAUGUCACAAAUUUUAAAACUUACUUACAAUGUAAAAUGUAUUAGUAAAAAUUCUUUGCACAAUUAGAUCAGUGCUAUAAGUUAACUAAUCAAAAAAUACAACAUUAACAUUUAGUAUUGGAAAUAGUAAAAUAUUUAAUGUACACAUUUAUUAACAAAGAUACAGUAGUAAUAAUUGCGCAUUUUUUAUACAUCUAACAACUAAUAAACAACAAAGUGUUGUAUUAAAGGUAAGUAAAGGAUUUCUAUGCACCAAAAAACUUUAAUAUGAGCUUUGAACAAUUUUAAAAUAUGCCCAAUAAAACAUCAAUAUCGGCCUAAACAAAAUUGAAAAUUGUGUAAAAACACCAAAUAAUAUUUAUUAAAAUGUUAAAAAUUUAAAUAAAAUGGAUUAAUUAUUAGAAAAUAAAUUAGCUGAACUAUAUUAAGACAGAAAAAUAUUUUGGCCAAACUGUAAUUUAAGCCGAUAGUAUCUAAUCCUUAAAUAUUACAGCCGAUUGUAUUAAGAGAAGGUCAGAUCUUCUAAAAAUUAAAAAUGCGUGAUAAGAAAUAAAUAAAAAGGAGAGAAAUUCCGUACAUAUAAUUUUAAACUGAAAAACAAGUCAACCAGAUGCCCUAAGUAACCCACUGCUAUGUUUUUUGAAAUUUUGAAUCAAUGAAGUUAAUUAGAAAAUAUAUAUGUUGAGUUUUGAUAAUAAAUUCAACAAGUGUAAGUGAAUAUUUACCUACACUUGAAUAAUUUAAAUGCUUACAAAUAUUUGAGGAAAAAAAAAAUUUAAAGCUUAAUUAAAUAAUAUAUAUUUUUAUUAUAGAAAAUAUUCAAAAUGUCAUUUAAUUAUUUUUUAUUUGUUCAAAAUUGUAUCAGAGUUAUAACUCAAAAUUUGCACGCUCUUUCAAAUUUGUUUCAAAAUAUUGAUGUUAAAACUUUAAAGCUUUCUAAUUUAACAUUUUUUGAUUAAAAGUAAUGAUAAAAAAUGUACAAGUUGAUAAUUAGUAGUUUUGGGGAAUAUGUUGACUGAAAUGUUUUGUUGUUUUAUGUUUGGCUAAAAUACAUUCGGUUGUUGUAUAACCCCCUCUUCCUUAUAUACAACACAUGAAUUUAACUGUUAAAUUAUGCAUGAUUAAUAGAUUAAUUUAAAUUUAGUAUAAUUCGUUUUAAUUUAAUAUAUGAAUCAAUGAAGAAAUAAAUUUUGGAACAGUGUUACAUAUAUCUAAGGUGGUACUCAAAACUAAAUUUAAUUAUAUUAGAUGAACACUGGAAGUACUAAAAAAUGAUUGUUUCUGGAAUUAAAAGUUGGAACUUAAAAUUUUAUUCUCUUUAAGAACUCCAGACAUAAUACAUUUUUAUUAAUUAUUUCAUAUGUGAAUGCUAUGUCAUUGAACCGCCUGGAGGCCAGCAUUUCUAGGUCUAAUUCUAUGGCUAUGGCCUCCUAGGGGUCACCUACUUGAGUUUAUCUAUCAUUUUAAGAAAGUGAUGUUGGAUUUUUUCUAACUUAUCAAUUAGAUUAUUUUGUUAUUACAUUUAGAUAGAUAGUCAAUAGAUAAUAAGAAUAACUAAAUCAUAUUUAAUGUUCUAGCGGCAGAUCAUUCAUUCGAAGGGACUGAAUAAAUAUUAUACCUUUUUAAAUUUUGUAUGAUACAUAAUGAAUAAUGAAAACAUUUAAUUAAUCUUAAAUUAAUGUUAAUAACAUUGAUUAUUAGAUUUUAUAGAAUGUAUAAUAUUAGCUAAUAUAACUAACCAUUGUUUUAAAUUUAUAAUUAGUAAAAAUAAUGUUGUGUAUUCAUCUUUUAAUUUUUAUUAUUUUUAUAUAUAUAAAUCAUUUAUUUAAUUGGAACACUAGUAUUGCAUUUAUAUAAAUUUAAUUUUAUUAAUAAAUUAUUUAUUUAUUGGUUAUUAAAUUAUUAUUUUUUGUUUAGAUUCAUCUGUAAUAGGUUAUCAAAAUUAUCUUUCAAAUCAUAUUAUCAUAUUAUCAUAAACCAUAAUCAAAUUUUAACUAGGUAACAAUUAUUUUUAUUGAAAAAUGUGUUAUUUUAUUUUUAAUACUAAUUGAUUACUGAAUAAUUGUUUAUUUUAAAUAAAUUAAAUUUUUAAGUAGUUAAACUAGUCUACCAAAUUAUUAAAUUAUAUUUAUUAUUAUGAACC